AUGAUUAUAAAAUACCAAACAUUGAUUAUACAAUAUCAAACAUUCAUUAUAAAAUAUGAAACAUUCAUUAUAAAAUAUCAAGCAUUCAUUAAACAAUAUCAAACAUUCAUUAUAAAAUAUCAAACAUUCAUUAUAAAAUAUCAAACAUUCAUUAUAAAAUAUCAAACAUUCAUUAUAAAAUAUCAAACAUUCAUUAUAAAAUAUCAAAUAAUGAUUAUAAAAUACCAAAUAAUGAUUAUAAAAUACCAAACAUUGAUUAUACAAUAUCAAACAUUCAUUAUAAAAUAUCAAACAUUCAUUAUAAAAUAUCAAACAUUCAUUAUAAAAUAUCAAACAAUGAUUAUAAAAUAUCAAACAAUGAUUAUAAAAUACCAAACAUUGAUUAUACAAUAUCAAACAAUCAUUAUAAAAUAUCAAACAUUCAUUAUAAAAUAUCAAACAUUCAUUAUAAAAUACCAAACAGUGAUUAUAAAAUAUCAAACAAUGAUUUAUUAA